AUGGCCUCUGCACAGACACCAUGGACUGGUCCCUUUCAGCUUCCUACCCUUGACAGAUUGAAGGCCGAAGUCCCUGCAAGCGUCGUUCCGCUCGACAUCGCCCGGCGUUGGUUGGGUGAUUUCACCAACGCGCUUCGAUCGCAGCCUGUACUGCUGGGGCCGCUCUUUUUAGAGGAUGCUUUCUGGAGAGAUUUGCUCGCACUGUCCUGGGAUUUUCGCUCUAUUCAGAGCUCUGCCAACAUUGCCAAGUAUCUCGAUGCACACAUCUCUUCAUCGGGGUUGCGAUCGCUAACACUCUGCGAGGAUUCGCUCUGGGCUCCAGUUCUCCGCACUCCAUAUCCAGACUUAGCUCUCUUGCAGCUGUCAUUCCGAUUUGAAACCGCUGCAGGCGCUGGUACUGGCACAUGCCGUCUUGUCCCCAUCGAGAGCGGUGAGUGGAAGGCAUACACAAUAUUCACUUGUCUGGAAACGCUGCAUGGCUUCCCCGAAAGAAUCGGAUCUUUGCGAGACAGAGACAUGUAUCAAGCUUCUUGGGAAGACACUCGGCGUGCAGGGUUGGAGUUUGCGGACGGUCGCCCUGCAGUGGUAAUUAUCGGAGCUGGCCAUUGUGGCUUAGAGCUUGCGGCGCGGUUGAAGGCCAUCGGUGUUCGAACGCUGGUCGUCGAGAAAAGCCCUCGCGUUGGUGACAAUUGGCGCAAUCGUUACAAGAGCCUGCGUUUGCAUGAUACGGUUUGGUACGAUCAUCUACCGUACAUGCCAUUCCCAUCCACUUGGCCAGUUUAUGCUCCAGGUGCUAAGUUGGGCAAUUGGCUUGAAAGCUACGCCGAGGCACUCGACCUCGACGUGUGGACCUCCUCCCGCGUCCAAAGCGCAAAUUGGAAUGCGGAGAAGAAGACAUGGGCGUUGACUGUCCGUCGAGGUGAGGCGAUUCGGCAGCUCCAAGCUAAUCAUCUGGUAUUUGCCACGGGCCUGAACGGAAGUAUUCCUUAUUCCCCUACCAUACCGGAGCAGGAACGGUUCAAAGGUCAGGUGCUGCAUUCCUCUCAAUUCACUUCUCCAGAGAGCUUUAGAGGCAAGAAGGUCGUCGUUGUCGGCGCCUGCAGCUCUGCGCACGACAUUUCCCGCGACUGUAUGAAUUACGGGAUCGACGUGACGAUGUUCCAGCGCUCAUCAACGUGCAUGGUCUCUGCGGAAGCCAUCGGCCAGUUGGUCCUCGGGAUGUACGGCGAAGGCACAUCGCUCGAAUAUGCCGACCACGUCGGCGCGGCGACGCCUUUCGCCGUGACGCGCCAGCUGCACCAGCGCGCGUUCCCGCACUUCGCUGCGACGAUCGAUAAGGAGCUGCUUGACGGGCUGGCGCGCGUCGGGUUCAGGACCAACCUGGGCCCGGACAACGCCGGGAUCAUGCCGAUGGUUCAGACCCGCGCUGGAGGAUACUACUUAGACACGGGCGCGUCGCAGGAGAUCAUUGACGGUAAGAUCAAGCUCAAAAGUGGUGGGACGAUCGCGGCGUUCACCGAGUCCGCGCUGCGUUUCUCCGACGGGUCUGAGCUUCCCGCGGACAUUGUAAUCUUCGCGACUGGUUUCAGCAAUCCGCGCGACGUGGUCAAGGACGUCUGCAGCCCCGAAGUGUAUGCGAAGGUCAAGCCCGUGUGGGGCCUGGACGACGAGGGGGAGCUGAACUCGGUAUGGCGUGGCUCUGGCCACGAGGGGUUGUGGUUCGCGCUUGGAAACCUGUCGACGGCGCGAUUUUGGACCAGGCUGCUUGCAUUACAGAUUAAAGCGUAUGAGGAAGGCCUGCUAAAGGUCGCCUCGUGA